AUGUCUUUCCUUCAUGGUGUUUUACAUAGCAUUAAGCCUAAAUUAGGAUUACAUAGUAAUGAAAUUCAAAGUGCAAUUACGUCUCUUAACGCCAAUAAACACUCCGGCAAAGAUGGUUUUAAUGAAGCGAUUAGCGCAGUGGUCCAGGGGGUGAAGGGGUAUAAUGAGGGUGUGAGGGAGUCCAACAAAAAGGUGAAUGAAGACUUUAAGAGUGAGGUAAGUGGAAUAUUAAGCAAUGAUGCUGUUGCAGGUGACGCCAAGCUAAUUGGACAAGCUGAAGUAUCGAUUAAGCAGAAGUUGGGAGAAUGCAAGGGUUUUGCUAGAACGUUUAAUGACACACUAAAUAUCACUAUAGAAGCAACUAAAAAUGCAAUUAAUGACUUAGAUCCUACAUUAGCACAUAGAGUCACGAACGCUAUACGAAGCGUUAAGCAUGAGAUCGACAGGCUGAGGGCCUUGUCGGACAAGGAAAAAGAAGAGUUGACAGAGACGAAGGCUAAGCUUAGUGAAGCGAUUAACGCGCUGAAAGCAGGCGCACGUGAAAAAAUCGAAGCAAAAGUUAAUGAGCUUGUAAAGGCUCUGAAAGAUGCAGUUACUGAAAUAUUUAAAAAACUCGACGACAUCAAUGAUAAGUUGGCACAGUAUGUCAUCGCGUUGAAUGAGUGGGCACAGCAGGCCGGUAAGGACAUCGACGCGGCGGAAGCAACGGCGAAUGAGAUUGUCAACAAGAAUGUCGGCAAGCAGCAACAGGAUGCGAUUGCAGCAAAAGCGGAGCAGUUGAAGGGCUUGAAGAAUAUGUUUGAUGAGUAUAUUAGAGAGGUGACGGAGAAGGCUGAAGAUGUUAAUUUGAAGGUUAAGGAGCUCUGCCAACAGUUUCCUAAGGACGCCCGCGGUGGAGUACCACAGGAACCAAACAAAAGUAUUCAUGACGUUUUCGAGCAUAUUCACGCUCAGGUUGCGCAAAUUAAGGGAAGCCGGGGAGUUCACUUUAUCUGGGUUUUGAGGGCAUUAAAGACGCUGUUCAGGACUAUGCGGAGGGAUUUAAGAAAUUUCAGGAGAAUGUGUUGCCUAAUUAGACACUGGAUUGGUUGGUGUGGACAGGCUAUUGGUGCCAAUUUUAAAGAUCCUUAUAGCGGUGAAGGCGAAAAUGAAAUCAUGACACAGCUUACUAAAAAAAUUGCGAGUGUAAUUAUCAGCAAACUUGAUGGCGGCGUUAUUGCGGGAAUUCAAGCUAUGGUUGGUGAAGAAGAGGAUAACGCAAAGAAAAUUGAUGCAUAUGUUGAAAAUGUCCAUACUGCCUGCGCGGCGUUCGCCGAUGAGCUUGAUAAGAAACUUGCGCCAGAGGGAAUCGACAAGCUUAUUCAACCAGUAGGCACAGCGAUGGCUACACAGUUGGGAGAUCAAUAUUCGGAUCAAACUGCCAAAGGAUAUCUCGACUGGGCCGUCCGUUAUAUGCUACACCAACUCCCCGGUGCGGCCAGAGGGGCGGCUGCCGAACUCCACUCGCUCCUCCUCGAGCGCAGGCCGGUGGCAUCCGAUAAUGGCAUCGCAAGAAAAAUAGAAGAGGCUCAUAAGAAGGCUGAGAGCCUUCACAGUCAGCUUCAGAAGGCGACUGGCGCACUCGCCAGCGACAAGUAUUCUGACAACCUGGACAAGGCGAUAAAAUCAGUCACCGACAAAUCCAAGGACCUGAACGCCAGCCAUACUACGCCCCUCGAGACUCUGUCCAAAGACAUCAAAGAACACCUUAAUUCCUUACUCACGGAAAUUUCGGGCGUGGCAAACUCUGUGAACGUGCAACUGAUUAAGCUUCAAAAUAAGCAUCUAAAGGGAACGGAAAGUAAUCAACUUGCCGGAAUUACGAAAAAGAUAAGUGAUCUGCAGAAGGAUUUGCAGAACGGUCCCAUUAAAAUGCUGAAACAUUUUCUCGCACAGCACGCCGAAAGAAGGGCCCAAAACACAAUUCGAACCCUUACCCAACAAGUCAACAAUGAAAUCCAACUGGCCGUUAAUAAAAUCACAGCGAACGUUCAAAAGCAGUACAUAACUUCUAUAAAAGGCCUGCUCAUAGCUUUUGUUGACAAAGUAAAUGACGAAUUAGGCGGGUUACCUGGUAUGAUUAGUGCUGAUUCAAAAAAUGGUCACAAGGGUUUCAUGAAAGCAAUAUACGGUGGUGAUCCCCCGGAUGUGCCAGGCACUUUAGAUCCGAAUAAUUUACUCAGCAAGCUUAAGACAGCAAUAGAAAAUGCAGAUAAAUCUAAAUUAGCCGACGCAUGUCCCAAGGUGAGAGAUUAUCUGAAGUCAAUAAUUACAUACAUCUCAGGCGAAUUCAAUGAGCCGGACCAUCUCCAGCAUCGUGUUACGUACCUCCCCUACCAACUUGACGCGCUGCUCGACGUCCUUGCCGCGCAUCACUUCGAUCACCAGUUCCGCAAAAAUCUCUCAGAACUCCAAAAAUGUCUUGCCGAAAUGCGUUUCACAUCCCUUGCCGACGCAUCCAACCCGCUCGCCGAGGCGCUCAAAAAUGGCCUGGAAGCUUUUGGCUCUGAGCUAGGAAACGCGUACGUCAACAGAUAUUCAGGCCAUACAUGGGAUCCUGGCUUCAGGGAUAACUAUGGCAAAAUAGGGUUGAGUGUAAUACCUAUGCUGUACAGUGAGUUGACUACGUUGAAGGACCGAUGCAAUACGGAUUGGUCUGCAAAACAAAUUUGCGCGCCUAGCAGCCUCGGCAGUUAUCUGAAGACUGUCGGCUAUGACGUGGCAAGACGUUACUCCAGUCAAGACGGCGAGUUGCAAAAUGAGAAGAAAUGCACCGGUGCAGAUAUUAUUGCCAAUCUCGCCAAGGCGAUUAACGGCAGCAACACUAUCCCACACCUCACAACGUGUAUAACAGACAAACAAAAUAAGAAAAAUGGUUAUAAUCUCAUGGACUUCAUCUCCUGUCUUAAAUCCCAUGUUUAUGAAUUUUACCAAGUCGGUCACUGUAAGCAUAUCGCGUCACCUAGGUCACCGUGUUCUGUCAACGAGAUGCUCUGCUGGCUCUCCGGUCUCCCACAUAAUAAGGUUUAUGGCAAGCUCAAAGAUCACUGUAGAACACUGUUUAAUAAGCCCAAGGGACAAGAGCACAUAGAAUAUUCCGACAUAGACCUAAUAUAUCUGACACUAGAUGCAUCUCCAAUUAACGUUACCGCGAAGGACGCGCAUUCCGCAAUUGACCAUCUCUGUUCUAAAUCCCAGACCCUACUCAACUCCAUCCUCGGCACCGGUGAUGCAGACUGCACAUAUGCGUGUGAUGUUUCUAAUAACUCACUAAAUCUACAAUACCCAUCCUCCGGGGGAGCGUGUCUGCAGAUGCUUCUUGACUUGCUUCGUCGAAUGUUCUUACCCCUAAAAUUCCUGUGUAGCCAAUGCAGUCUCAGCGUGAAGUACAGCGGUUGGUCACAAUGUCUCUACGGCAGAGAUAUCCUCACAACCAAAUUCCCAUGUAGUGAUCACUCAACAUGUGAAUCAACAUGCCAGGCAAAUGGUAAACCAAAAUGCCAACCAAACUGCCAGGCAAACACCAAACCUAAGUGUCAACCUAGAUCACCACUAAUGAGUUACCUAAAUGACUGCCUACCUGGUCACUUGCCUCAUAAUGUCAGUUCCAUUGGCUGUCAAUACACAUGUGCUACCUGUCCCACUGGUAAACCCGGAAUGCCAUGCUUAACACCUCUCGGCUUCCGCACAUUUUCAGGAAGCACGAGGACGGGCAAGGAGCUAUGUCGAUUCAUUGAUAUAUUCCUUGGUGAUGACUACAUCCCAGCCCUUUUCUUGCUGGCACCCAAGCCGCCUGCCACAUUGGCAGAGCACCUCGGAUUUACAUUGUGCUUAGUUAGAGGCUGGCAUCCCACUAGCGGCAGUCCAGUGAAAACUGCAGUCGAGUCGUCCAUUAAGAAGGUGUCUAUUGAGUUAUAUAAAAAUCCGCCCGAGUUAACUACCGCACUUCGUAAGGCGUAUGGCGCCACUCAGAACACUCACGUAUCGCCGCAUCCGACAUCUAAAAACACCGACCUGUCCAGCCUUUCCAUGAAAAAGGUUUGUCCAUUUUCUAGCAUGAAUGUCCACUGCGCUCCCUAUCUCAAUUCUUUAUGCGAUGACGCAUAUUAUUACGUAGUUCACAAGAACUCUGACACAUACCUGACAUGGGCAAUUUACUUGCCGUGGACAUUCUGGCAAUACCUUCAAAAUCUAUUUGAUGAGUUCAAAAACGUAGUUUGUAAGGACUGGGGUUGUCGUGGAUGCUUUCAUAGCGAAGCUUGUAAACCCGGAAAGCACGGCGAUGAAAGCAAUCCAUGUCAGUGUAUAUCUGUAGUCAGCUGCAGAGGCGUGUCUCCAAUGCUAUAUAAAUAUGGUUUCACAUUUGGUGACGCAUCGGCGUUGCAUAAUAAAACUUCACCGAAAACCUGCAUUGCAUUCCACAAUCAGUUGAAAAGCCUCCUUCAUUCGCAGUAUUUCAUAGAUUUAUUCACCAAAUGUGAUGAGUUCCUGCGUGAUAUUAGGAUGCCUUUUAUGACCACAUUGUUAGCCCUCUGGUCGCUGUCGCUCCUGUACCUGCUGCACAUCGCCGUCGUCCGCCUCGACGUCCUGAGGAUACGCUCCCACCUGCGAUCACCCGCAAGCCACCGCAUCGCCGCGCAGUCGCUCCUCGCCGCCGCACGCGUCAAGGCACUUGCCAACGUCAAGUACUUCUCACCAUAA